CCAGGAGCCUGCCUCGGUCGCCCGCAGAAGACCUGCCCCCCCCCGUCCCCGUGGCUAGGAGCCCCCCCGGCCGGCCAUGCGCUGAAGGAUGUCCCUCUCCCGACUGAGCAGCCUCCCCAAUGGCUUCCCGGAGGAGCCCCCCCGGGCGGAGGCAGCCAACGGGCCGGACAUGGCGCAGGUGCUCCAGGGCUUGGAGACGGGCUCCGUCCUGACCUUGUUCUACCAGAAGAAGUCCCAGAGGCCCGAACGGAGGAGCUUCCAGGUCCGCCUCAAGAGCCGCCAGAUCGUCUGGAGCCGAAGCCCCGAGAAGGUGGAGGGGGACGUGGACAUCAGGGAGAUCAAACAGAUCCGACCUGGGAAAAAUUCCAGGGAUUUCGAACGUUACCCAGAAGAAGCCAGGAAGCUGGACUCAACGUUGUGUUUUGUCAUCUUGUAUGGAAUGGACUUCCGGUUGAAGACGCUGAGUGUUGCCGCUUUUUGCGAGGAUGACGUGACCCUCUGGGUGGCCGGGCUGAACUGGCUGGUGAGAGACACGCGGCAAUCACCGACUCCUCUGCAGACUGAAAGAUGGCUGAGGAAGCAGUUCGACUCCAUGGACCGAUCUAGAGAAGGCAGCAUCAGCCCCAAAGAUCUGAAGACCAUGUUACCUCAGGUCAACUACCGGGUACCGAAUAUGCGUUUCCUUCGAGAUAAACUGGUGGAUCUGGAGGUUUGUGGUGAUAUCACCUUCAGCCAUUUCACGCAGUUCUACAAAAACCUGAUGUUCGAUGCGCAGAAAUCGAUCAUUGAGCAACUGGAGCUGUCCUUCCCCUUGCGUAACAUGGAUCGGCCCGAACUCUGCCAAGUCACCUUAUAUGACUUCCAGAAAUUCUUACAAUACGAUCAAAAGGAAACCUGGGCGAAUGACAUCACCAAGGUACGAAGGUUGAUGUGCAGCUACCUGCAGGACCGUUUGGCUGACAUGGCGGAGCCUGUCUUCCAGCUGGAUGAAUUCCUGACCUUCUUGUUCUCCAAAGAAAACACGCUGAUGGAUUCCAAGGGGGAGCAAGUAGCCCCCGAAGAAAUGACCUUCCCUUUGUCUCAGUACUGGAUCUCGUCUUCUCACAACACGUACCUCACGGGGGACCAGUUCUCCAGUGAGUCCUCCCUGGAAGCCUACGCCCGCUGCCUUCGGAUGGGCUGCCGAUGCAUCGAAUUGGAUUGCUGGGAUGGCCCUGAUGACCUGCCUAUCAUCUACCACGGCCACACGCUGACCUCCAAAAUCAAGUUCCUCGAUGUCUUGCACACCAUCAAGGAGCACGCCUUCGCCACCUCCGAGUAUCCUGUCAUCCUUUCCAUCGAGGAUCACUGCAGCAUCGUCCAGCAGAGGAACAUGGCGUCCCACUUCAAGAAGGUCUUUGGCGACAUGCUGCUGACCAAACCGGUCGACGUCAAUGCCGACCAACUGCCCUCUCCUGCCCAGCUCAAGAAAAAAAUCCUCAUCAAGCACAAGAAGCUGGUGGAAGGCAACCUGUAUGAGGAAGUCUCCACAGCCAGCUACUCGGAGAACGACCUCAGCAAUUCCAUCAAGAAUGGCAUCCUGUACCUGGAAGAUCCCAUUGACCAUACCUGGAGCCCCCACUAUUUUGUCCUGACAAGCCACAAGAUCUACUACUCCGAGGAGACCUCCCACUAUCAGUCCCAUGGGGAAGAGGAGGAGGAGGCGGAACAGAAGGAG